AUGAUUCACGGCUACGACUACCGACUAGUUCAGAUCCCCAGGGCAAUCGGGCGAACUGGAACAUGGACCAAAGUCACUGCGAUCAAAGAAGCGUUGAAAAACUACGAAUACGUUGUAUUCAUAGACGCAGAUGCCAUGAUUCUCUACCCCAAUCUACCUCUGGAAUGGCUCUUCAACUACUGGGAGAUCAUUCCGGAGACUUUAGUUGCUAUGGCGCUCGAUCCAGAAGCACCCCAUAACCAUGAUUGGAACGGUCGCACAUUUCUCAACACCGGCUUUAUUAUUGCCCAGCAGAGCCCACGUACACAUGAACUCUUUGAAGCGUGGGAGACUUGUCCCACCGAAACGCGCUAUCCAGACUGCGCGAGGUGGGGUCGGGAAUGGCCACAUGAGCAAUCUGCAUUUGGGAACCAUGUUAGGUAUGAUUUCAACAGAUCCGAAGAUAUUCGGGUCUUGUCUUGUGCAGAGGCAAAUGGGUGCCCUGAGGUCGCAUCUACCGGGUGUGUUGGGGAGUUUGUCAGGCACUAUUGGGGUGACAAGAUAUCGCUGCCGGCUGCUGUGGGGGAUGCGGUCUUGCAAUACUUUUUGUCGCAGUUGCAUGGGGUUUUCUAUCACAAUGCUAAAUCUGUGGUGGUGAAUAGGACUGAGCGUGCAUUUGCGUGA